UGGGCCCCACGAGUGGACCUCAUCACGGUAGCUUCGUCAACGACAUGCUCGAUGGCGGUGAUGGCGAAUAUGGUGUCACGGAAGGCGGUGAUGACGAUGGUGAUUUUGAUAUUACAGGGUACCUGGCCACCACGAGUGGACCUCAUGAUGGUAGCUUCGUCAACGGCAUGGUCGAUGGCGGCGAUCAAGAAUAUGGUGAUAGUGAUCACGAUGAUGAUGUCGGUGUCACAAAAAGAGACGAUGACAGCGACCAAGGGCUACACAGAAUACCAGCCAGCGAAUUUGAUAUUACAGGUCUCACCAAACCUGUGGAAUGUAGGCGAAUGUCGAUUAGCGUGCGAGACCAGUUCCAGGUACUGAAAGAGCGACGUGGACUUAUUACCAGGGCCCUGCAUUCAAGAGCUGCACAAAAUCAGAGUCGACUGACGAGGUUCCCAGUACACGGGGGGCGCGCUGUCAACGCCAGGGAGACGGCGCCCGGCCAGUUCCCGUACCACACGCUGGUGCUCGCCGACAACAGAGUCCUCUGCGGCGGAGCUCUGCUUUCGACGUCCGUCGUGCUGACCGCCGCCCAGUGUGUGUUUCAGUACAAAACGUGGCUGGUACAGCUGGGAAGCGUGGAGCUGCUAGUCCAGAACCCCCACAGGCAGCUCAUCGAGGGCAAGAGGGUGAAAACUCACCCCCUUUAUUCUCACAAGCGCACCAAUGACGAUAUAGCUGUCGUAUUUCUGAAAACUUCCGCAGUUCUCAAUUCCUACGUCAAGACCGUGAGGCUACCAACUGAUAUGAUGAAAGAAGAUCUUGUGGGUAGAAUGGGCAUCGUCGCCGGAUGGGGGAGGACACAUAUUCGGCGACAACGGCAGUCCGUUUACGUUUGGGACCACCAAGGGCUAUGUGGUGAUUGGCGUGGCCAGCUUUGUGUUCUCAGAACACUGCCUGACCGACUUCCCAGCUGGCUUCACGCGGGUCACCAACUACCUCACAUGGAUCUCUAAAACCUCCGGGAUCAAGGUGACCUGAUGUCCACGCUUCCAGUUCACAAUACAAAGCCGUCUAUAAUGUUCCCUGAACCACCUUCUCAUAAACAACCACUAUGUAGUGAAAUUUCGAACAUAAUUAAACAUUUCAGCUGAAUCGUA